UGUGGCGGAUGGAAACGAAAAAUGAUGAUUGUUGUUUGUUUUGAUAACUUCUCUGAUCUCAACAGCUGAAUAAAGGCGUUUUUCUCGUGAAAUUAAUCGAAAACCAGUGAAAUGAGUUCUACAGCAGGUAAGACUUUUGUUUUUCUUUUACUUAACGGUUAUAUCGCAUUUCAAACGGAUAAGAAUUACGGGAAAUCUUCGAAAAAUCAGAGUUUGCAGGAGGUUAUGGUGGUUUGUUUGUGAUUUUUUUUUUUUCCAUUCCAGCCGACCGCUCGAUGUCUGGAGCAAAUUGAACUGCAUCGAUGGAUGAUAUCCCAGUGGAUGUAAAACUGAUCGAUAUAAUCGAUUAUGUAGGAGAUUCCGUCCGACCGAUCAGGGAGGGUUCCGCAGUUCAUGAUGCGAAGCAUAUCAUUUGCAUUGGCUAUACUGCCAAGCAUCUGGACUGUGUUGAAAUCUCGGGAUAUGUUUGUCAGUCUUCACAUCCUAAUCAAAUCCCUCACAAAGUGGAGCUAAAACUAGCGGAUUCGAUCGACAACUGGGUUUUGAAAUGUUCCUGUAAAGCCGGUACGAACCGUUGCAAGCAUAUCGUUGCCUGCCUCCUUGAAUUGAACAGGACCGGCAAAGCGGAAUACAUGACUUGCACAAGUGCAACUCAAGCAUGGGGCACUACCAAAGCAGAAAAAAGCGUUCCUUGGGGUGCGAAACCCAUCGCAGAGUUGUGUUGUGUGCAUUGCCCAAAACGCGCCGAACCAACAGAUGCAGCCCUCAAAAACAAUAUUCUUGCCGAGAGCUUUAGCAGAAUCCUGCGUGCUGCUAAAGGUUCGGCUAUACAAAAGCAUCGCGAAGGUCGUUAUCUGAAUGAGCCACACCCACAACCCAGUAGAGCCUUGCAGACCGGAAGUUCAAAUGAUGACUUUUGCUCGCCUAGAGAAUUGAGUGAUAUGCUGUCUUGCACUGGCUCACAAGUGAAUGUUUCUCAGGUAGCGUUUAACACACCUGAUGAGAGGAAGUUUUACAACAAUAAUGUGGCAAAGGAUCUUGAAAAUAUUUUGAAAAUAGCCGAUGAGACUCGAGGACAAUCUUCAAAUUAUUGGAAAAUUCAACGAUCACUAAGGAUUACGGCAAGCUCGUGUUAUAAUCUUUUUACAUACCUGUUCAACAAGAAGGAAGACUGGGACAAAAAUCGCACAGUAUUGGAGCAUGAAAAACUUGCAAGUACAAGCAGUUAAAUAUGGAACUGAAACAGAAAAAUUAGCAUUUGAUUGCUAUAAAAGAAAAAGAAACCCCUUGGCCAAAAAGUGCGGCUUAGUUGUCAAACCAGGAGAAUGUUGGUUCGCGGCAUCACCGGAUGGUGUGGAUCCAUUGAACAGAGUUAUCGUGGAGAUCAAAUGUCCGCUAGCUGGAGAACAAGGAGGUCUGUUGGAAUUGGAGAACAACCCUGCCGUUCAAAAAUAUUUGAAGCGAUCUGAAACAGGUCCCAUUGUAUUGAACCGUCGUCAUACAUAUUAUUGCCAAGUGCAAAUGAAUAUGUGGGUUCUUCAGUGUGAGAUAUGCGACUUCGUUGUUUAUUCAAAAAAAGAUGAUGAUUUCAUCGUUGUUCCUGUACCUUUCGAUAAGUUGUUCGUGGAAAAUGUCACGAACGGGCUUAAGGGAUUGUAUUUUAACAAAAUGUUGUCAAAAUUGUUACCUGCUGCAUAGUAGUACCUUUUAGGCUCUCAAAUGUUUUAUUGCGAUAAUAAACUUGGCCAUUAAAUAAAAUUGUACAUGUUCAAUAGUUUGGAAAGAAAUUACUUGUAUAUAACUAUAGGUUCAUCUAGAUUUGUGUUACAACACAUUAUGGCUGGCAUUGAGUGUGCUUCUCAAUUUAUUGUUUUGGCAUCGUAAUACGAUUUAGAAAAAAAUAUAACUUGCCAUAUGAUUUGUUACGCUGCUGAAGUAACCUAAGAGCUUGAGUUCAGUAUUACGUUAUAAUGGUCUGUUGUCAGUGCGACAAACUAGAUAAUUUGGACAUAAUCAGAGUUAGAGGGAUUAU